AAAAUUUGAAGUAAAAAUAAAAAGUAAAAUAAAAUAAAAUUUUGGUUAUAAUUUUGAAAAAUAAAGUAAAAAUGCUGAUUUGAUGUGAGUGCUUUAGUUGUCCUAACCUAUAUUACGUGUCAUGAGCAAGCUCCACCCAAUUCCUAAAGCUACGAGGGUGCGUGGCGUCCACAAGCUGAGACAGCUCCUCCAACCAUUAUUAAUAAUCCUCUCCAGCCAUUGUCUUACCUUCCUUAGUACUGUGCCUAAUAAUUAAGCUCCAAUGGCGUCGAUUGUUGUUACCCUUACCACCACUCUCGGUUUAGUGUCGUCAGGGAACAAGCCACCAGUUCCUUUUCCGUCGCUCUCAUUUUCUAACAGUAAAAAUAAUGCUCGACGACCCAGGGUUAUGGUGGUCAGAGCAACAGAGGCUGCUGCAGCUCAAGCCAUAAACCCAGAUAUCAGGAAGACUGAACCCAAAGUUGUGGACUCUGUUGUCGCAUCUGAACUCUCUAAACCUCUCACUCCUUACUGCAGGUGUUGGAGGUCGGGAACUUUUCCUCUGUGUGACGGGAGUCAUGUGAAGCACAACAAAGCAACCGGUGAUAAUGUGGGACCAUUGCUACUCAAAAAGGAGUAAAGAAUAUGCUCCUCUUUUUGUUAUCUUUUAUUCAUGAUAGUAUGUACUGUUUAUGUAUGGUAGCUUAUUUUCUAGUAUGUCUUCAACUUAAACUAGCAAUGUGAUUUCUUGGUUCUUCUUUAACAUUCCAUGAGAUAAAUUUCUGGGUGCUUUUGACUUUCCCA